AUGGAGGAGGAGCGCACCUUGCUGUCCUCGAGGCUGUCCCUCGGAGACUCCCAGGUGGACGUUCUUCUGUCCCGCGCCGUGCUGGAGUGGAAGGAGGCUGGAGAGAGCAGAAGGCGAAGCCCCGGCGCCUCUCAAACUGCUCGUGGCCAGACGGUGCAGGUGUCUGAAAUCGUGGCUGUUCACAUGACAGGAGACGACGACGAAGACGACCCCGCUCAGAUCAAAAAGGAUCGGAAAAAGACAAAGCAGCGCACGCAGGAGCAUCCCUGUUCAUUCACAGUGUCCUACGUGAGGAGGACGAGGCAGCACCAGUGGCGCUGCAGCGACGUCGCCUUCCACUGCAGCAGCCAGGCGCUCUGCGAACAGUGGGUCCGAGUCGCAAAUGAGCAGCUGUCGUCACUCACCAACCGACCGAAGAGCCUUCUGGUCUACAUCAAUCCAUACGGAGGGAAGCGGCGGGGGAAGCAUAUCUUCGAGCAGAAGGUGGCUCCACUGUUUCGCCGCGCCGGCAUCUCCACCGACGUGAUUGUGACACAGCGCGCCAAUCACGCCAGGGACCACUUGAAAACAGAGGCCAAUCUCCACAAAUAUGACGGGGUGGUGUGUGUAGGAGGGGACGGGAUGUUCAGUGAGAUCCUCCACGGCUUGGUUACCAGAACCCAAACUGACCACAGCGUGGACCAAAACCAGCCCGAUGCUCAACUGGUGCCGUGUUCCCUCCGGAUAGGAAUCAUUCCCGCAGGGUCUACUGAUUGCAUCUGUUUUGCCACUGUGGGAACCAACGACCCGGUUACUUCUGCUUUACACAUCGUUGUGGGUGAUUCUCAGCCAAUGGAUGUUUGUUCAGUUCACCACAACAACGUCUUCCUCAAAUACUCGGUCUCACUGCUGGGCUACGGCUUUUAUGGAGACGUACUGGCAGAAAGUGAGAGGAAGCGAUGGCUUGGCCCCGCCAGAUAUGACCUGUCAGGAGUGAAAACCUUUUUGAGCCUCAACUACUAUGAAGGCACCGUCUCGUUCCUCCCCGCCGAGGACAACAUGGGGAACCCGAGGGACAAACUGCAGUGCCGAUCAGGGUGCCGCGUCUGUCAGCACAAGCAAUCAAAGGACAAGCUCGGUGAAAUGUCAGAGGAGAAGGAAAAGUCUGCUAAAGACGGCUGGAAUGAAAUCUACGGGAAGUUCAUCGCCAUUAAUUCAGCCAGCAUGAGCUGCGCGUGUCCUCGGAGUCCAAAAGGCCUGUCGCCGUCCGCCCACCUCGCCGACGGCACCACGGACCUGAUCCUGGUCCGAAAGUGUUCACGUCUGGACUUCUUCAGACACCUCCUUCGACACACCAACAAAGCAGCUGACCAGUUUGACCACUCAUUCGUGGAGGUCCAUCGGGUGAGGAAAUUUCAUUUUCAGCCGACCUUCCAGGAGCUGGUUUCUCCAGAAAACCAGAGCGACCCCCCGGGGGAGACGGAGCUCGGCCCCAUACACCCCCCCCAAACGACGUACUACAGCACGGCCCGCAGCAGCUGGAACUGCGACGGGGAGAUCCUGCACCACGCUGCCAUCCAAGUCAAUGUCCAGUGCCAGUUGAUCAAGCUGUUUGCCCGUGGAAUUGAGGAGCAGCAGCAGCAGCAUGUGUUUGAGGAACCUUGUACAGUUUUGGACCUGAAACCGAGCACACUAUAGCCACCGCUCUGAGAGCUGGACAAAAUAUAUAUCGCUGCUAAAAAAAACAAAAAACAAAACAACAACAAAUGUACAUUUGCACUCUGAAGUUUUGUUUUUCUUCUAUCUGGGAAUACUGGUUCGAACCCCAAACGACCUCAACGCUUGCAGACAGCCCUAUCUUUGCACAGAAAGUGAUGGGAUGUUAUUUAAGUGUGAUUAACAGAUUUAAAAUGAAAACAUAAAUACUGCUUUCAUGAAGAAUAAAAUUCGAUCUAAAUCAACUUAAUAUAAUAUGUUAAAGUAGCUGAAAGCCAUAAAAUCCAGCUUGCUUCACUCUGUUUGGAGCAAAAUUGCCUCAUGGUGCUUGAAGUAAACCGAGAUAUGAUAUGCUGGAGCUACCGUGGCUGUAUUAACAUCCAAUUUCAGGGGGAAAUAAAGACGUCUGAGCUCUGGAGGAACUUUAGAAAACCGUAGGUUAACACACGCGAGAUGAAGCUGAGCCGGACGGUUUUUCAUGCCGCCAUGAAGGAGAAUGUAAAUGGGAUUUCUCCCGACAUGGCGCUGCGAGGAAGCCCGGAAGAUACAGCUUCCUGCGAAGGAAAGAAAAUUCCCCGUGAAGCACACUAUAAAGUCUUAAAGUACCAGGGACACCAAUAAAAUAAACACAUGCAAUCGAAGCUUCCUUUUUUUUUUUUUUUUUUUGGGUGGAAAUAAAAUGAUUUCAUCAGUGACCCAGGUGAAAGCAGAUACGAGCCAGGGGCGCUAAUGAAAAGAGCGGAAUACCCUGCUAAUACAGUAACAGGACCCCGGUGGCUGCUGGGUGAUAAGGCAAAGUGGUUGCUAAGUGAUUUGGUGUGUCUCAGCUCUGCUGCGCUGCACCUGUGGCUCCCAGCUCCGCUCCGCUCGGGCUAAAACACCACAGUUAGUUUAAUCAUCACUUGGGAUUAGCUAUAAUUAUGCGUCGUUAAUCUUAUUAGGGAUAAUCUAUUGUGAUGCGCCUAAAUUAGCCUUAUUUAGCUCUUUUGAGUUGUAGGUCAAGCGGGUCUUGAUGUCAAAGAAACAAGGUCACGGAAGAGGGUGCUCGGCUCCUUUUUAUUCUCGCUCCCGGCGUUUAUUUUUAAACUUCUCCUGCAGAGACGAAAAUAUAUUAAGCCGCAUUCGUGGUAAUAAUACGUUAGGGUCAGUUUGGGUUUUCCACGUUCCCUUCAGGGAGGCGCAAUCAGCACAGGAAGUGUGUGAAGGUGCCAAUGUGAUGAGUUAGCUCUCUCACAAUUAGCCUCAUGACUGCCAUUUUGCAGAUGCUCUCUCACCACAGCCAAGACACUGCUCAUACACACACUAAAACACACACACACACACACACACACACACACACACACACACACACACACACACUCAUGUGUGUGUCCAGCAUUACUUGUGGGGUCUAUAGCCUUAAACACCACAGCUGGGUGCCUUACAUUAACCUUUUUGUAAUCUGAGCCCUUUAAAUAACUCAAUCUUUAAAAAAAAAA